AUGGCAAAGUCAACGGAAAAGCUCCAAGAUUGCUCCAAGGAUGAAAGUAUUACCGUCGAUAGGAUCAGCGAUUUACACGAUUCAUUGCUUUGCUAUAUCCUUUGCUUUCUCCCAACGAAAUUUGCUGUGGCGACGAGCGUUCUAUCUAGGAGGUGGAAAUCUAUAUGGACUAUGGUAACUACGCUUAAUUUUGAUUAUUCAAAUUUCAACGUCGAAAAGACGACGAAGAUCUCAAAAUUCGUGGAUUUCGUUAACAAUGUUUUACUCCAUCUUGAUGUUGGACGCUUGGAGAGUUUUCACUUGAAUUGGUGGGAGGAAGAAUGUCAAGGAGUUUAUGUUAAUUCGUGGGUUAGCAACGCAAUUAUGAGGAACGUACGAUUUCUUGAUCUUCACGUUUGUACAUAUGACAAUGUGGCUCAAGUUCCGGCUUCCCUUUUCACUUGUGGGUCACUAGAACAUGUUGAACUAGAAGGAUAUAUUGUGGUUAAAGUCCCUUCUGUGGUUUCUCUUCCUUUGUUGAAAAGUUUGAUUUUAUAUUCAGUGACAUAUGAAACGGAUCUAGAUGUUCCCAGACUAAUAUCUGGUUGCCCAGUCCUUCAUGUACUCAUGAUGCAAAGGCAUCCGAAGGAUAACGUGCAAGUUUAUAAGAUUUCAUCUGCUUCGCUGAAGCAUCUUACCGUGUAUGAUUUUGAUUACAGUGAAGCAGUAGAUGAUGCAAAACGCAAAAAACUAGAAAUCGAUCCCCCUGCCAUCGAAUCCCUCGAAAUAUGGGACGACAUGAAAGAAUUAUUUGUGAAGACACGGCUAAAUUCUGUUAAGGACGUGAAACUUUAUCUUGAUUUCGAUGCUGAAAGAAUCAAUUCCAUUGUAAAGGCGUUUCAAGCUCUGGAACAUACCAAGUUUUUGAAACUGGAAGGAACAGUGAUGGAAGCUCUUAACCAUGUUCCCACAAUCUCAUUGUCCGUAAAAUUUUCCAAUUUAACCCAAUUGGAUAUUGAGUGUCACUGUUGUCAUUGGCGAGCUCUACUCGUUAUGCUCGGGGACCCGGUUCAAGUUCCCGAGUGCUUGUCAUCCAGUCUCGCGAAAAUUUCAAUUACAGGACUCAAAGGCCUUAAAGACGAGAUCUCACUAAUAAAGUAUCUUCUAAAGCAUGGUUCGGGGAUGAGAAGAAUAAAGCUACACUCGGCCCCUGAUCAUUGUGCCUUGAAGGAUAAGUUUCAAAUGCAACGGGAGAUAUCCUUGCUCUGCGCGAUUUCUGCAACCAGUCACGUCCACUUUGAUGGCAAUCACAUCUUCUGA